AUUUAUUAGACGUAGGUGAGUGAGCUGAUGCCACUCUGCCAGCUGGAUCCACAGACCAGUACGUCCAGCUACAGAGAAAAGAACUUCUUCCACUUAGAUGUCUGAAAGAAAGUGAAGAACUCCCCCAAACAUCCUCUUGGGCUCAUUCCUCAUCUGUAUUCUCCCACCUGCCUGCCAUGUUGAGCCUCAAUGGCACUCCCUUCCAGCCAGACACACUCCAGCUGACAGACAUCCCUGGGAUGCAGACAGGCCAAGCCUGGGUUGCCCUAGUUUUCUGCAUCCUUUACGUGAUCUCCAUUGUAGGCAACCUCAGCAUCCUUGCUCUGGUGGUUCAGGAACCUGCUCUGCACCAGCCCAUGUACUACUUCCUCUCUAUGCUUUCCCUAAAUGACUUGGGAGUGUCCUUCUCAACACUCCCAACUGUGAUUGCUACCUUCUGCUUCAACUACCACCAUGUUGGCUUUGAUGCUUGUUUGGUUCAGAUGUUCUUCAUCCAUACUUUCUCUUUCAUGGAAUCAGGCAUACUGCUGGCCAUGAGCUUUGAUCGUUUUGUGGCUAUUUGUGACCCACUGCAUUAUGCCACUGUGCUCACUAAUAGCUGCAUUUUGGCUAUGGGUCUGGGCAUCCUUGCCAAGAGCUUCACUACUCUCUUACCUUUCCCCUUUCUGGUGAAACGACUUCCCUUCUGCAAGGGCAAUGUUUUGCAUCACUCAUACUGCCUCCAUCCAGAUCUCAUGAAGGUGGCAUGUGGAGACACCCAUAUUAACAACAUCUAUGGGCUCUUUGUGGUCAUCUUCACCUAUGGCAUAGACUCCACUUUCAUCCUGCUGUCCUAUGCAUUGAUUCUGAGAACUGUGUUGGCCAUUGCAUCCUGGGAACAGCGGCUGAAGGCACUCAACACUUGCAUAUCACACAUUUGUGCAGUGCUGGCUUUCUAUGUGCCCAUAAUUGCUGUCUCCAUGAUCCACCGCUUCUGGAAAAGUGCCCCACCUGUUGUUCAUGUCAUGAUGUCCAACGUCUACUUGUUUGUACCUCCCAUGCUAAACCCCAUCAUCUACAGUGUGAAGACAAAGGAGAUACGCAGAGGGAUCCUCAAAGCCUUUUAUAAAUCCCAGAGCUGAAGAAGGCUGCAGACUCUGAGAAAAGUCCUUUGUAGAAAGAGCUGGAACUUGUUUGUCAACUUAAGAAAUGCUUAAAGCAAGGAGGAGAAGAAUCAGAGUCUUGAUAGUUGUGAAUAUUAUAUCAAUAAAGGAACAUUUAAUUCAGUAAAAUGAUGUAAAUAUAUAUUAAACACUUACUGUAUGAAAAACCUUGUGCUAGUUGCUAAGAAUUUUACAAUGGUAAGUGGGACAUAUUGUUAAGUAAGAUAUAGACAUAUUAAGGGAAAAACACUAAAAAGGAGUAAAGAUGCCCUGAAAAAUGUUUGACAUAUGAAAAUAAUAAAAGUUCCACAGGUCAAAUAAAUUUGAACACAAAUAAUCCUACUUCCACCCAGAUGAGGGAAGUGGUAAACAUUGGAGACAGACAAAAUUCUGUGGAGGCCUGAUGCUUCAUGUGACAGAGAGGGCCCAUUUCGUUUGUAGAGAGCAGGAUAAAAUUUUUUAUUACCUGAAGCAGCUUGUAAAGGAUGAGAUAGGUUAGAGUACUUGGUGCAGAGUGCCAAGAAGAAAGGAAGGUAAUAAUUUUGACAUAAGUAUGAGGAAAAAUAUUUAGGCAAGAAAGUUUAGAACUUUGCUAUUCCAAGUGUAAUCCAAUAAACAAUAGUAUUAGUAUCUCCGGCAGCCUGUUAGAGAAACAGAAUCUUAGACCCCACACAAGACCUAUUGAAUUUGAAUUGCAUUAAAUAAGACCAUUGGUGAUUAAAAGUUGAGAAGCACAGUGUUUCUCUUUUCUAACACUGCUAAGGUCAUGGCGACCUGAUAUGCUACAGCAAUAAAAAGACUCAUGAGUAACAAAAGUCUGGAAAACUGGUUCUCAAAAUGUGAUUCCCAGGCUGGCAUUAUAUGUACCACUUGGGAAACUGUUAGGCAUGCAAAUUCUCAGGCUCCUCCUCAGACACCUCAAACUAGAAAUUCUAGGGAGCAAAGUCCAGCAAUCUGUGUCUUAAUAAAUUCUCCAAGUAAUUUUGAUAUAUGUUAAAGAUUGAGAAACUUUAACCUACAAUGUUGAUCUAGAAUAUUUAGGACAAUUACAAGUGGCUUCAUGUAGACAGAGGGGAGGUUUCACAUGGAAAAUCUUGGGAAAUGAGAUCUUGAGAGAUUCUCUGAGUCAGACUGUGAGUGGUUUUCAAAGUGGGGAGAAACUGACAACUAGGUAUAUGGUGUUGGUGGUGAAGAAAAAUGCAAACUCAUAGCUUAUCUCUAUGAGUUGGUGCAGCUAUAGCACAGAAAUAGCUAACAUGCAAGAUUUGAUAAGCAAUCUCCAGCCACUCCAUAGUCACUCUACCAUAAUGGAAAGUAGAAAGGGUUCUCAAAGUACCACUUUGAAAUACUUCAAAGUCCCAUAAAAGGAAGGUAAAAUUUCUUCAUGUCCAUCUUCUGUUUGUUUCUCUGGAUACAUCCCACCACUUGAUAUGAAAGUAAGAGAGCUCUCCUGCCAUUCCUUCCCUGAAUACACCUGCACUGUAUUUGAAGCUGAAGUAAGGAAGAAGUAAAAUGAAAUACUUAAUGGGAAGACUAGGUAUUUGGGAAAGAAGUUAUUUGGGUGAUCUGAAAUUGGA